AGCGUGCAUUUGUUGUCAUGUGACACUGACACUUUAUCUGUGGGGAACGGACCGUGGGGAACCACCACAGCUGUACGUUUACUCACACAGAACAAAAUGCUGUGGACGGUUGGCGUGUUGAUGGGAUGCGUUGUCGUUUCGGUGGCACAGACCCCCAAGUACAACGAGAGCUGUGUUCGAGGCACUUACCCACCUUCUAUAGAGAAGAAGGUCAAGACCUAUGUGGUUAACCUUGACCUUCCCCCAGAACAGAGGUGGACGCAUGUAGUGGAAGAUAAGGCAGUACAGAUCAGGAAUAUCCUGGCAGAGUUUAAGAAAUAUGCCCUGGACUGGACGCCAAAGGCACAGGGUGUCAUUGACUGGGUGGACAAUAACUUUCCCACACUGGACAAGACUCUACCGUACCCAUUUCCCGGUGAGAUGAGUGGGAUCUCAAAGGCGUCGGGGCUGAAACUCGGUGAGGUCGUGUUGUACAAUCUGUUCUACGAGUUCUUCACCGUCUGUACCUCCAUUGUCGCUGAGGACCCAUCAGGAAAGUUAUUCCAUGCCCGGAACUUGGACUUCGGCCUCUUCUUAGGCUGGGACAUAAAGAACAACACGUGGGACAUCUCCGAGUUCCUCCGCCCCCUCAUCGUCAACAUUGAGUAUACCCGUGGUGGCAAGACACUCUUCAAGGGCGUCCACUUCGCUGGCUAUGUCGGAAUCCUGACUGCUGUCAAACCUAGCCUGUUCACCCUGUCCAUGGAUGAGAGGUUCAACGCUGACGGUGGAUUUAUUGGGAUCAUAGAGUGGGUAUUGGGUGAUCACAGUGGGUCGUGGAUGGGCUUCCUGACUCGCCGGGUCAUGGAGAAUGCCACCAGCUAUGCCGAGGCUCGUGACUGGCUGACACAGACUGAGAUGUUGGCGCCAGCGUACUUCAUCCUCGGAGGCAAUAAGUCAGGGGAGGCCUGUGUGAUUACAAGGGCCAGGGAAAAGACUCUGGACGUGUGGCCGAUGUCGUCUGCUGGAGGCUGGUACAUCCUGGAGACCAACUACGACCACUGGGAGAAACCCAUGUUUCUUGACGACCGACGUACCCCCGCCAACAAGUGCAUGCACAAACUCACUCAGCAGAAUGUCUCCGUCAACGGGCUGUUUGAUGUGCUGUCUUCAAUACCUGUCCUUAACAAGCUAACGACAUACACAGCUCUAAUGCAAGUUGACAGCGGCCAUCUUGAAACCUGGAUACAAUAUUGCAAGGACCCCUGUUUCCCUUGGUAACCUUCCACUUCCAGGUUCCCAUGGCAACCAUCAGUCUCUACCCUUCUUUUCUACUGGCUGGUCCUUAUUAUCUUUAAAAAUUUGUUCACGGAUGAUGAGUUUCGUUUCAUACAGAAGUUUCAAGAUAGAAGUAUUAGAUAGAUGUUGAGGAUGCGGACUGAAGUGUUACCAUGGAAACAUGUCUAUAUACCACCCAUGCAGUCAUCAUGAUGUGAUAUUCAAAGCCUAUGCGAUUUGUACAAGUGCUAAUUGGAAUAAAGUUUAUUUUAGGACCGUCAUCAUCCAAGCAAGUAAUGUAUUGCUUUAGUUCUGUCUGAUCCAAGUUUUAUCUCUUUUUUUGUUGUUCACAGACACUGACAGUUGUGCAAUGUGAAGAAUUAUGCAUAAUGUGUUUUUUUCUUCGUUUUUAGGGACAGGAAUUGUCUCUGUAAAGUUGAGUGGGUAAUUAUAUAACAUUGAUAUGCACGAAACAUUCCUGGGGAAAGAGAGAUGUGUUGUUGGCUUAGAGCCAACAUGUGUUCAGUUUUUGUGGGAAGAGUAUCGGAUUGUCACUAUAAUAUGUAAUUGUGUACACGUGGGACAGUGAAUUUUGUGUUACACUUAUUUUGAAUUCGUGCUGUAAUGGAAGUAUCUGAAUGAUGUAAUGGUUACCAUUUGUAAAAAAAAUAGAUUAGGAAAAAGGUACUUAUAUUAUGUCAGAAAAAUUAGUGUAUAAGAAAUUAGAAUAUUGCUAAGUUUUGAAACAAUAAAUUGUUUCACAAAAUCACUUAAUCCGAAAUUUGAACCUAUACUGAACACAAUCAGAAAGAUAACUUGACAGACUAACCUGCUCUUCAAACUGAGUAGAGUUACCUCCCUUCUUCUAUCAACCCUAGUCGGCAUGGCGAUGAUCUCAACCAUUAACGAAACAGAAGUUUCCUUUUGUAUCAUAUACCACUUUGAUAUUUCCCUUCUGCCCCCUUGUCAUGACAGUUGUACACAUAUUGUUUUGCAUUGUAAAUAAAUCUUUUCUAAUAUAUAUUAA